UCCUCACGAUAGAACUGCUGCAACAGCCUGAUGAACAGCAAGAGGAUCGCGCCGGAUGUCGUUGGGGAUUGCUGUAGCUCACACGGGCCAGCGUCUCGAUGCUGAUCCCGUUGCUUUCAGCUCGGUUGAUGCGCUCAAGCACUGGAUCUCGCGUGCUACUGAGAUUCCGCCAGAGGCCCAGAUAUUGCUGACGCUGAGUGGCAAGCAUGUCAAGCUGCAGGCGUUGCUGACCGAGAAGGAGAUAUUUGUCUAUGAUCGCACUCUCUCCCACAGAGCGCAGGCUUCCACACUCCUCGUGCCUCUCCCAGACCCAUACAUGCCCGACGACCCUCCCAAUACCCUCUCCAACAACACCGAUCUGCGAGCAUGGCAGGCCCUCUUCCAGGCACGCCGCGACUGGGCGUUUGCGGCCCUCGAGAAGUCGCACUCCAUGUCUCGUAUAGCCUCGAAACACUUCGCCGAACAGGCCACGAUAGAGAAAGGAACCCACGUUGCCGUGGGAAACCACGACUCACACAUCCGAGGGUUGGAGCAGAAGUACCAGGCAGCAAGCGAGUGGUUUGACGGCGUCGAGAAAGAAGCGGGAGACAACUUGCGCCGACUGGACGUAGAUUUUGGACAGCUCGAGUCCAUGCCGGCCAAGCCACAGUUCGCCCAUUUCCUCGCGAAGGAGAUGCGUUCGGCACAGGCGGUGCAAAGUGCCCGGAAGACUCCUCCAAAUACAACCGCCUCGUUGCAGGAUUUCCUAGACGUCGAGGCUGUCAAGAGCGCUACGGUCAUGAGCAAGCGUGUGCGGGAGUCGUUCGGAAAGCGCAUGGCUGGUAUGAGCACACAGCUGGAGAAGAUUGGCAUAGACUACCACGAGCUGCUGAGUGCUGUCGGUCAAAGCCAGAGUCGAUCGCUCGUAGACGAUUCUGAGGAGCCUAUCCGACUCUACAACGAGAUCGAUGCGGUUGCCAAAAAGGUCGAAUCCGAUUUUGAGCACGUCAUGGGCCUUGAGGCAAACUCGAAAUCAGUCGCACAGGUCUCGAAAAUGGCACUACUACACACACGCAACUUCCUCCCGGCUAUCAAAGAGUAUAGCGCUGAAAUGAGCGACCUUGUGCGGCGGUCUGUAGAACAAAAGAACAUUGCAGCUCGAAACGGGGUGGAGAGCAUGCAGGGUAUUGCCAGUAUCGAAUCUGUGAUCGCGAGUCUCAAUGCGGAACUUGAGUCGAUCAGCAUACCGCAGGAAGGAGUUGCUGCUUUCGAGCUCAUAUCGCUCGUGGGUCGAUUGCCAUACGUAUAUGGUACGCUUCUCGUCGAAGCCGUUCGAAGGCGCGAAUGGUCGGAAAGACUGGAAAAGGAUACAUCGUCGCUCGCCGAAGAAAUGGCGACAUUCCAAGAAGAAGAAGAGCGACGACGUAAGCGGUGGUUGAAGCCCAUUGCGGACGUCAUAAAUCUCGACGCUGUGCAGGGCGGUCUCCUUGGGUUCGAGAUGAAUGUGCAACCUGACAAAAAUGUUUGGCCCGUGGUUGCACGAGAAGACCUUCAGGAGUACCUUCAAAGCUUGCAAGGGUUAGACGGUCAAAACUCGGAAGCUGAAGCUCUCAGUCAGGCCAUCAAAGACCUCGACCGGCCCACCAAGCAGCAGAUCAAGCGGGCGAAGAACUUCAAAAUGGGGAGUGUUCACGAGCCAGCCUUUGGAAAAGGAUCACAACUUAUGGUCCGUGGUGACGAUGACCUCAAGGUUCUUCGUGAGUCGCACGCAAAGCUUGAAGAUGAGCUCAAGGGCUCGAAGAGUCGAGUGCGACGUCUUGAGGACUUGCUACACCGCCAAAACCAUGUUAGUCGACUUUCGAUCGGUGGCGCACCGCCUUCAUUCUUGCAGAGUCCUGGAGACCCCUCGACUCCUACGGUAGAAUCUCCUAGACCUUACGAUGAGCUUUCCAGACGAUCUUCCGUGUCCUCUCGACGUUUCUCUACAACCCAAGGACAGGAUGAGAAGCGUAGGAUUGUUCGACUUGAACAGGAGCUUGCAGUCGAGAGGGAGGCGCGCACCAACCUCGAGAAAGAAACACAGGCUCGAAAGGAAGAGGACACAGAUCUACGACGUCAAGUUGAAGAAGCUGUGUCUACUAAAGAGAACAUCAUGGAGAAUAUGAAGGCUCAGCAGCAGGAAUUCGCCAUCGAGCGUAGGUCGCUCGAAGAGGAGGUCAGCGCCUACAAGAGCAAGAUUGAAGAAGCCGAAGACGAAUUAGACCGAGUUCUCGGAAGUCGCGACAACGAGCGCACCGGAGUUGAUGCAAGGAUACAUGAGCUUGCAUCAGAGCUCGAACGGGUGCGCUCUGAGGCUACCAAAGAGCGUCGACAGGCCAGCACACAGCUAGAGGAUCUCCAAAUCGAGCUCGAUGAGCGCACUCGUACUCAGACCCAGUACUUUGAGUCCCUGGGGAUUGCUUUCGAACACUUGUCUCCUGGAACCAGCGUACCUGACGAUCAUUCUGACCUUGUUGCGCGGCUUGAGGAUCUAGUCAGGCACUCAACCAACUAUCAGAAAGAGCUGGAGCAAGCUAUCGCGAUAGCAAGGUCAGACAAUGACAACGCACAUGCUAGAGCCCAUGAACAAGAGAGUAAACUGCAGACCGAACUGGCGACAAAAGAAAAAGACAUCGCAUCUGCUCAGGAACAUCUCGGUAUUGAACGAUCCAAAUCUACGUCGAUUGCUGCAGAGCUUGAGGAAGAGCGUGGGCAUCUCCAUGAGCUUCGUGCGAAGUUUGCAGAAGGCGAGACUGGGUCAGAAGCUUUGCGCAAGCGGGUAGAGGAGGAAGAGGCCAAAGUUGGGAGUCUACAGGUCGACCUGGCGGAACAAAAGUCACAUGCCAAUAGCCUUGACGUCGAGGUCAUGCGUCUGCAGAAGAAACUUCUCGAACUUGAAGAGGUAGACUCAUCACGUACCCAACAGCGCAUACUUCGUGCGAAAGAGCUGAGCCAACGCCUCUACACACAACACGAACGUCUCAUCCGGUUACUGGAAGCACUUGGAUUCGUUAUUACUCACGAAAACGGCGAGAUGGUUCUCCAGCGGGCGUCGAAGCUCAACAGCAGUACCGUGAUGACCGAUACCACUGGCGGAUUGAGUCGCAUGAUGGCAUCUUCACCCACGCCUCUCAAGCGUUACCUAGAAGACGUAGGGGAUCUAUCUUUCCUGCAAUGGACCGAGUCGACAAGCCCGGAAGAGGAAGACCAACGGUACCAGGAUCUGAUAAACAAACUAGAGCUGUUCAAUACGGAGAUAUUUAGCGACGCAGUUGCAAAACGCAUGCGCGACAUGGAGCAUACCGCGCGUAAAUGGCAAAAAGAAGCCCGCGCCUACCGCGAUAAAUCUCACCGGUUCCAGGCCGAAGCCCAUGAGAAGAUUGCCUAUCGAUCCUUCAAAGACGGCGAUCUUGCCCUCUUCCUCCCUACGCGUAACAAUGCACACCGCCCCUGGGCUGCCUUCAACGUCGGCGCGCCCCACUUCUUCCUUCGCGAGCAGGACUCACACCGCCUGCACGGCAAAGAGUGGCUCGUGGCGCGCAUAUCCAAAGUCGAAGAGCGCAUUGUGGACCUCUCCAAGACACUCGAUGGGGACGGCCGGUCUAUCGCCUCCAGCAAUGCUAUCUCCUUUGAAGACGAUAACCCGUUCGAACUGAGCGAUGGCCUGCGCUGGUAUCUCCUUGAUGCCACCGAGGAAAAACCUAUGGCUCCUGGUACUCCUGGUAUCAAGGGUCAAGUCACAGUCAAGAGCAGUUUGGAGAUGGGACAGGGCGAGAUGCGGCCGGUGAAGAAAAAGAGUACUAUGGAUCCAGCGACACAACUCGCUUCGCUUGACAGUCGUCGCAGCAGCAAUACGAGUAAGAAGAGUGCGCCUGUAGCUGGGACGCGUGAAGGAUUUGCAUCAAAUGAGCGUGUGGAUUCAGGCUCUGGUCCAAACUCAAACGUAGCGACACGCGGCGCGAGUCCUGCAGGAGCCCAUGGUCCCAGUCAUCUGAGGGAGACGACAGCCAGUAGUGCUGGUGUGGACAGAUUGCUGGAGGAUCAGGGUGCAAAUGUGCGGAAAGACCUGCUAUGGGGACCUUAGGUACACUCUCCACAAACCUAAGCUCCCCUCGCGUCACAGCAGCUUGACUGACUUUGUUCCAGGAGUUCCCCUUUCCUCAAAAUUAUGGAGAGAUCAGACGCAAGUCAUCUGUGUCGGGCCCUGCGCACUUUAUCCGACGCUCUGCCACGACGCCAAGUAUCGCACACAGUAUGGGCAGAAGCGUCACC